UAUAUGGAAGCCAUCGCUCUGCCCAUCACACUCGUUCAAUCGUGAGAAGUUCUGGUUUGAUUUCAACAGCAAGCUUCAAAUCUCUUCGUUCGUCGUUGUUCAUCGUUGAAAAUGUCGUGCUGUGGUGGAAACUGUGGAUGCGGUUCUGGCUGCAAGUGCGGAAAUGGCUGUGGAGGGUGCAAGAUGUUCCCUGACAUGAACUUCUCUGAGACCACAGCCACCAUCGAGACCUUCGUUGUCGGUCUUGCUCCUCAGAAGAUGUCCUUCGAGGCGAUGGAGAUGGUUGCCGGAGCCGAGAACGGCUGCAAGUGCGGGGACAACUGUACCUGCGACCCGUGCAAUUGUAAAUGAGCAGCAAGCGGAGAUCGAUCGGUCUUCGAGUACUAAUAGCAAUAUGAAUCAUAAUAACAAUUAUCAAAUUUCCUAGUAUUUUCUUUCUGUGGUUGCGUAUUAAGAGUCGAUUGUGGCGCUGCUUCCGAAUAAUAGCAGUCGUGAAGUUUGUGGAAAACUUGUAUGCUGUUAUGGCGCAUAGAUCAUGUUAGCUUAAUAUUACUGUGUUUAUCCUUUGCUUUAAUUUCUCUGUAUAAAUAAUUUUUCUGUGUUGAUUUAUGAGGUAACAGAGUUUCUUCUGUUAUCCAUAUCUAUGGUUGAAGAUGAAGAUAGGAGUUUGAAUCUCCUCUAAGAUCUUGAA